AUGAUUGGGCAGAGCGGGUUCCAAGCGAGUCCGGAUGCCACCCUCCCGCAGCAGAAGAUGGAGGACGUGCUAGGCAAAAUGCAGCUGCCCUUCGGUGUGCUCCUGGCACACAAGUACUGCAUCGGGACCGUCGAGCUUAACGGGCUAGAUAACGUCUUGCAUGCAGCCGCAGAGGCGAUGGUGCAGCGGAGCAACGCACAGGUCCACUUCUUGCCCGUACUCACGAAGCUCGAUGGCAGCGCACUUCUCUCCGGCGACGGCGACGAUUAUAUUAGCGUGACUGCGCCCGUGUACCCGCUCACCCAGGCGCACGUUGAGGCCCUGCUCGCGAGUGUCGCCGACGAGACCGAGUUCUCAGACGCAUUCGUAGAGUUCAACAACGAUCGCACAUACGUGGACUUGAAAUCGUACCCAAUCUACCAUCGUGCAGUCCCGCCUCCGAAGGUUAUCAUUGAUGUCCCGAGUGCGGAGGGGUGGUUGACCGGCUUGACCAGCGUGCCAUUCUAUUCUGUCGACUUUGCGAAGAGUUCUAUCGUGUGGAAGAAGAGAGGCGAGGGUGGAGCACAUUACACAGGUAAUGAAGCGAAGCCUUGGACAGAAGACAGCAUCUAUCUUUCGUAUGCUAUGGUCAUGCUUUCAAAUGAUCCUGCACCUAAGGAUCUCAAGAGGAAGAGAGACCAGAAGUAG